AUGCGUUGGCUCAGCACUCCUCUUGUCGCGGUUUCCCUGGCGCUAGGGCUAUCUGCUAUUGGCCAUGCGUCUCAGGUCGACCGCAAGGGCAAUAUCUGCACGGUCAAAGCGAGCGGCAAUCAGUCGGACGAUGUGCCGAGACUCCUCGAAGCGUUUCAGAAAUGCGGCAACGGGGGCACCAUUGUCUUCCCUGAAGACCAGUCGUAUUGGAUCGCUUCGCGCUUGAACCCCAUCCUGAACGACGUGUCGAUUGAAUGGCGGGGGAAAUGGACGUUCUCCGAUGAUCUAGGUUACUGGCGCAAUAACUCUUACCCUAUUGCUUUCCAGAAUCAUGCUGCUGGCUUCGUGAUCACAGGACAUAACAUCACCAUCAAUGGAUACGGCACUGGAGGCAUCGACGGCAACGGCAAUGUCUGGUAUACCGCAGAAGCGGGCAACACUCAGCCCGGAAGACCAAUGCCUUUCGUCUUCUGGAAUGUCUCGAACGUCCACGUUGACAAUUUCUACGUCAAGGACCCGCAGCUUUGGGCCCUCAAUAUCAUGAACGGUACCGAUAUGCAGUUUAACAACAUCUACUGUAAUGCAACAGCAGUGGAUGCACCUUGGGGGGAGAACUGGGUCCAGAACACAGAUGGGUUUGAUACAAUGGACGCGAAAAACAUCCGUCUCACUAACUUCGUAUAUCAAGGCGGAGAUGACUGUGUCGCGAUCAAGCCUAGAUCCUACGAUAUUGAUAUCCACAACGUCACCUGUCGUGGUGGAAAUGGCAUCGCCAUCGGCAGCGUGGGCCAAUAUAAAGAAGACUCGAGCGUCGAGAACGUACGAAUCGACAAGGUCAAGCUCAUCCGAUACAACGAAGACAUGCACGGCAGCGCUUACAUCAAGACAUGGAUUGGCGUGCCCACCCCGCAGGACUCCUAUGAGAGUGCCGGUCUCCCCCGCGGCGGCGGCUGGGGCAAUGUCAGUAAUAUCAUUUUCUCGAACUUUCAGGUUCAGGGUGCCAAUACAGGUCCUAUGAUCUAUCAAAAUGAGGGCAAUAACGGCUCGUUUGCUGGUACGAGUCUCAUGACCGUUUCUGACAUUACUUUUGCCAAUUUUACGGGCUAUGUCACCAAUGAGAAUGAGGUGACUUCGACUAUUUCGUGUUCCGAGAACCAUCUUUGUUAUGAUAUCGUCUUUGAUAAUGUGGUGUUGUAUCCCGGGAAGAAUGCAUCUGAGCCUGGAAUAGGCUCUUGCAAGUGGACUACUGACGGCGGGGUUCUGGGACUGGAGGGAUGUUGA